AUGUCUACAGACGUUGAGAAAUCCCAACAAAUCCUACACACCACUAAAGAAGAUGAACGUUCUAGUUUAAGUUCAUCCACUGACUAUUCCUACAAGUUUUUCAAGGCCCCAAAGGGUGAACUAUCACAGUUUGAUACUUCUGAUAUUGCACUACGUUCUAAAAUCAACUUGAUAAAUGAUGCUCUCGAUGAAAUUGGGUUCACAUGGUAUCACUUCAAACUGUUUUGCUUGAAUGGGAUGGGAUAUGCUGUUGAUUCUCAAUUAACAUUAUUACAAAGUUCUGUGGCUACUUAUGUGCGUUAUCAAUUCCAUCAAACAUAUCCUUCAGAUACACAUGCUCUUUAUGCCGGUUUAUUAGCAGGUGCUAUCUUUUGGGGGUUUGGUGCAGAUUUGAUUGGAAGAAAGAUCGCAUUCAAUUCAUCUUUAUUGAUUAGUGCUAUAUUUGCUAUCUUGGCUGGGGUGAUGGGGAAUUUUGGUACUUAUUGUUUAUUUGUUGCAUUAUCUGCUGCUGCAUCUGGUGGAAAUUUGGUUUUGGACACCACUGUGUUUUUGGAAUUCUUACCAAGUAAAAACCAAUGGUUGGUUACAUUAAUGGCUUCUUGGUGGUCUGUUGGUCAAGUUAUUGCAGUUUUAACUACUUGGUUGUUUUUCAGUCAAGAUAGAUUUGUUUGUGAAGGUAAAAAUAAUUGUCCCGGUUCUGAAAAUAUGGGUUGGAGAUAUGUUUGGAUCGUUAAUGGUGGUAUUGUCCUGGUCAUUGCAAUUUUGAGAUUGACUGUCAUCAAAUUGGAAGAAACUCCUAAAUUCUUGGUCUGUAAUCAAAGAGAUGAAGAAGCUGUUGAAUGUUUACAAAGAAUCGCUGCCAAAUACAAUAGACCAUGUUCAUUAACCUUGGAAGAUUUGGAAGCUUGUGGUGAAGUUACUUCAAAUGAAAACUUCAUGAAUAAACCUUCAAUCAAGACAACCUACAAAUUAAUUAUCAAACAUUUGAAAAGUUUAUUUGCAAACAGAAUUAUGGCAACUUCCUCCACUUUAAUUGCAAUUUCUUGGGCAUUGUUAGGUAUAUCAUAUCCUUUAUAUACCAACUUUUUACCAACUUAUCUAGCAACAAGAGGUGCAAAUACAUCAGCUUCAACUGUCGGUGGUGUUUAUCGUGAUUCUUUAAUUUCAAACUCAGCAUCAACAGCCGGUGGAUUAAUAGGUGGUGCAAUUCUUUAUUUUUGCCCAUCUAUUGGAAGAAGAGGUGUCAUGGUGAUUGGUGGAUUAUCUAGUAUGGCUCUAUUUUUCGGUUAUACAGCUGUUCGUACUAGGGCUGAAAACGUUGGUUUAUCAUCUGCAGUUUUCGUUGCAAUCUGUAUCUAUUAUUCUUGUCUAUACGCAUACACUCCAGAAGUUAUGCCAUCAGCUAGCAGAGCCACUGGGAAUGCUCUUUGUGUUGCAUUGACAAGGCUUACUGGUUGUUUUGUUCCAUUGAUUGCAUAUUUUGCCAAUACUAGUUCGGCUGUUCCAGUUUGGAUCUGUGGUGCCUGUGUUGGGGUUAUCGCUGUGUGUGCCUUAUUUUUCCCAUUUGAGCCAUCAAAACAAAGAGUUGCUUAG